AAUUAGCGCAAACACAGUAGUGUCAAGAGAUAUAAUUAAUUGUAAAAUUGUAAUAAAGAAUAGUUAUUGUGUAUCAGAAUCUGGUUUGUUGCGAAUAACAAGUUUUAAAUUCAUACCCAGUGACGCUAAAAAAUCAUAUAAUAAUAAUAAUUUCAAUAGGUACUUCACAUUGAGAUGUCCGAUGCAGAGGAUGAGGUUCCUUCCACCUUUAAGAAGAGAACCAUUAAGAAUAGAGGAGGUCGAAAACGCAAAAACUCCAGCUCAGAAGAAAAGAACAGUUCAGAUUCCGAUGAGCAGACAGUUGUUUUGCCAACUAAGAGGCCUCUGAAGGCCAACCCUAACAUACAGUCUACAGGCACAAAGAGACAAAGGCCCGAGAUUCAUGUUGAUAGCAGUGAUGAUGACGGCAAACCCAAGCAGAACCUGACACUAUCGGUUCAGCAGCAGAGAGAAAACGCUACUGCCACGUAUGAGCUAGAUACAGAACGCGACCGGGACGCGCAGGCCAUCUUUGAGAAGGCACAGAAGAUCAAUGAGGAGUUACAGGGGCAGGCUGAUGAUAAGGUGUACCGAGGAUUGAACAACUACGCUCAAUACUACAAAAAGAGGGAUACAGCGGCAGGCAACGCUAGCUCUGGCCUAGUGCGAAAAGGCCCCAUCAGAGCACCCGCUAAUCUUAGAGCCACUGUCAGAUGGGACUACCAACCUGAUAUUUGUAAAGAUUACAAGGAGACUGGAUUCUGUGGUUUCGGAGACUCCUGCAAAUUUUUACACGACCGCUCGGACUACAAGCACGGCUGGCAGCUAGAAAGGGAAGAGGUGGCCCCCGAGGGGGGCGGGGGAGACUCCGAUUAUGAGAUACAUAGUGACGACGAGUUACCGUUCAGAUGUUUCAUAUGCCGAGGCAGUUUCACAGACCCUGUGAUCACAAAAUGUAAACACUACUUCUGUGAGAAAUGCGCCUUAGAGAACUACAAGAAAUCAACCCGAUGCUUCAUUUGCAACACACAGACCAACGGAGUGUUUAAUCCGGCAAAGGAACUGGAGGCCAAAUUGAAACAGCGACAAGAUGAUGAUGAUGAUGACGACGAUGACGAUUGAUAAUAAAUUAUUUUAAAUUAGUGGCAUUUUUAUAUCAUUACAUUCUGAAUUCUAUUUUAGAAAUUAACGUGCUUUAGGGACCGAUCCACACAAUCCAUACUAAUAUAUUGGGAAUACAUA